UCUGGCCUUCCCCGUUUAGGCUGCUGACCCACCAACCCGACCUCGUAAACAGUAGAAGACGGAUGGAUGAAUGGAUGAGUCUGACUCAAAUCAAGUCAUGUGACUCGAGAACCCCACCUCUAGAGUGCAGCUCUGCAGAUUUCCACCUGAAUGGGGAUUAUUUGCUAGGAGGACUUUUCGACAUUCACACCAGUAGAUCAUUUAGCCACGACAGACCAGAAGCCAUUGUCUGCUCCAGUCAUGCCUUCAGUCUGCCCAGUUAUCGGAGGUUUCAGCUGAUGAGAUUCUCAGUAGAGGAAAUCAAUAACUCAACCAAGCUCUUGCCCAACGUGUCUCUUGGCUACAAGAUAUUUGACCACUGCUCGGUUGCGAAAAAUUUCCCAGGUAUUCUUGACCUCAUUUCAAAUGACGGCUUGAUUCAACCUUGGAGUGAAAUGCACCAGCAUGUGUCUGCAACGUCCAAAGUAGUGGCGGUGGUUGGUCCAUUUACAAGCACCGACACCCUGACUGUGGCGCCGCUCUUCAUGAUGGAUCUCAUCCCAAUGGUCAGUUAUGGAGCUGCCAGCUCGACCUUUUCAGAAAAAGCAAAGUAUUCGUCUUUCCUGCGCACCGUGCAUUCCAAUAAAGACACGGUCAAAGUGAUUAUAUCCAUUAUGGAGCACUUCAAAUGGCACUGGGUGGCCUUCCUCAGCAGUGAUGAUGCUUAUGGCAAUGAUGGCCAGGAACUCUUCAUCAAGAUGAUCGAGGACAGCCCCAUAUGUCUGGCGUAUACCAACAAGAUCAAGCAAAGUUCAAAUUACUCUGUCAUGUUCCAGCAGAUUGAAGUGCAGAGGAUAACCACCAUUGUUGUUUUUGCUCCCAAAAUGGCUGCCGAAUAUCUCAUUGAGUCGGCGAUACUGGUGGGCGUCACCGGCAAGGUGUGGAUAGCGGUGGAAACCUGGUCCUUGAGUGAGAAGCUCCCAAAGAGAAAGGAUAUCCAAAAAAUCGGAACAGUUCUGGGAGUGUCUCAGCCUGUGCUGGCAAUACCUGGUUUCAGUGACUAUGUACUUUCUUCCAAAAGCAAAAGUCACUUUGACGAUGUAGAUAGAGGGCAGUUUUGCAAUCAAGUUUGCAACUGCUCCAGCCUGAGUGCACAGGACAUCGUCUCUAUGGACCCUUCUUUCUCUUUUUCUGUUUAUUCAGCUGUGUAUGCCAUCGCUCACGCCUUACACAAUGUCUUGCAAUGUGAUAAGGACACAUGUGACAGGAAUAAUGCAGUCUAUCCCCACAAGGUUCUGGCAGAGCUACAGAAGUCAAACUUCUCCCUUUUGAAUCAGAGUAUUCAGUUUGAUGAGCAUGGCGAUCCAAAGUUUGGAUCUGUUUUUAUCGUCUUCUGGAAUCAGACAGGUGACAUCGAGGAGGUUGGAUUUUGUAAAUUAGUCUCCGCAGUGAACUUUUUCAUUGAUGACAGCAAAAUUCGGUGGCAUGGAAAUGGUAUGGUUCCGACGUCUCUGUGCGCUCAGGAAUGUCCUGUAGGAUUCGCAAAGAAACAAGAUGGAAUUCACAAGUGUUGCUUCACAUGUGAGGAAUGUCCUAAUGGAACCUAUGUCAACAUCACAGAUGAUCCAUACAAGUGUGUGGAGUGUAAGGAGACAGAGUGGUCGACAGCAGCCAGUACGUCAUGCACUCUGCGACAGGUGGAGUACGCCUCAUUUCAAGACAGUAGUGCUAUAUUGAUCCUAACGGCCACCUUGCUCUUGGUGGGUCUGGUGGCCACCAUGUGUGUCAUCUUUGGUCGUAACUACAACACACCUGUAGUCAAGUCCGCUGGUGGUGUCAUGUGCUUCUUGAUUUUGGGCUGCCACUGUCUGUGCUGUCUGAGCAUCGUCUUCUUCUUUGGCAAGCCCACCUACUUAUCAUGUCUCUUAAGGUUCUUGCCUUUUUCCCUGCUGUACUGUACAUGCAUUGCGUGUUUUGCAGUGCGCGCUUUCCAAAUUGUUUGCAUUUUUAAAAUGGCAGCCAAGUUUCCCAAACUUUACAGCUGGUGGAUGACAUAUCAUGGGCAAUGGCUCUUCAUUUCGGGGACGUUUGUGACUCAGUCUCUCUUGCAUGCUAUUGGUUGUUUUUAUUCUCUCCCCAAGCCGUAUAAUGACACACAGUGGUCUCCAGACAAAAUCAUCCUUACCUGCGAAAUCAAUUUCCUGACCACUUUUGGUCCUGCAGUUGUGAUCAUGUGUUUGUGCACUCUCUGCUUUAUUUUCUCCUACAUGGGGAAGGACCUCCCCAAAAAUUACAAUGAGGCCAAAUCGAUAACCUUCUGCUUGCUUCUGCUGACCCUCAACUGGAUCAUCUUUACCACAGCUUAUGUGCUUUAUAGAGGCAAGUUUAUCCAAAUCCUGAAUGCUCUGGCAGUGCUCUCCAGCAUCUACUCCUUUGUCUUAUGGUAUUUUCUCCCAAAAUGUUACAUCAUCAUAUUUCAACCCCACAAAAACACACAGCAGUACUUCCAAGGCCUGAUCCAGAACUAUACUAAAACAAUUAGCCAGUAA